UGGACGGCAGCACCACUGACUCAUUACAGACCUCCAGCCAGAGGAAGAAACUCACAGCCGUAAAAGUCACACAAUUUAUUCUUCCUCUCUGCUUUCAACCAAAAAGAAAACCAUCAACCCAUCGAGCAGAAACAUCCCAACAGCCAUCACUCCUAUGAUCUUUACUGCAGAGCCUCCAGACAGUAUGGAGAAGUCCUCCAAUGUUAACCCGCCGAGAUCCAGAAUGACGCCCAGGAAGGAGAGGGAGAGCGGAGCCUCUGUGCCUCCCAGAAGUCACAGACACAGGCCAUCGAAGGCAGGCCGGGUCCCAGAGGUAUCAUCAGUGAGGAAAAACAGGCUACAGAAGGAGAAGCCAGAGACAAACGAGGUGAAGGUGAGAUCCACUGUGGUGGACAUAGACAGCGUGAGAGAGGAUGAGGUCAAGGAGGAGAACUCUGGGCUCCUGGAAGCAGCGGAGCAGGAAGGUCUGAAGCGCAAGAGCCUGGGAGUGUUUGAGUGGCUGCUGAUGGUCUUCGUCUUGGCUCUGGUUCUGCUCUUCCUUCCUUUUUCCAUCUGGUUCUGUGUCAAAGUAGUGAGGGAGCAUGAGAGAGCUGUGAUCUUCAGACUGGGUCACCUACUGCGUGGAAAACCUAGAGGACCAGGCCUUCUUUUCUACCUCCCAAUCCUUGACGUGUGUCACAAGGUCGACAUCCGACUGAAAAUGCUGAAGGUUCCUCCCCACAGGGUGGUGACAAAGGACUUGGUGAGGCCAGAACUGAGUGCAGUGUGUUAUUACCAGAUAGAGAACGUGGCUUUGUGCAGCACGGCUCUGUCCAGUCUGACUACAGUGCUGCCGACUCUGGUCCAGUCAGUGGACAGAGACAUUCUCGCCCAACACACAUUCAGCCACAUCCUGCUGCACAGGAGGAGGAUCGGACAGCAGAUACAAGCAGCUGUUGACUCUGUUGCUUGCCGCUGGGGCAUCAGGGUGGAGAGAGCAGACAUAGAUGAGCUCAGUUUUCCUGUGGAGUUACAGCAGAGUUUGGCUGCAGAGGCCGAGGCCAAGAGACAACACCAGGUUAGAGUAAAUGCAGCAGAGGGGGAGAGAGAUGCCUGGGAGGGGUUCAGGGCUUCCCUCCGUCUCCUCCAUCCUGCCCUGGUCCUUCCACUCCCUCCAGAUCUUCUCGGCGUCAACCCUGAUCUCUCAUCCCUCCCACCCCCUCCUCCCCUUUCUGUGGAAGGAGAGGGAGGGACGACGGAGGGGGAACCAGAUACAGACUCGCCAAUGAUGUGACAGAUUGUUAUGACAUGAAAGCUUAUUAUUGUUGAAAUGGUAGAGUUUCAGGAGAUUUUGAUCAUGUUUAAGAAAGUAAAUUUCAAGCUAAAUGACUAAAUGUUUAUUUAAGUACAAUUUAAAAUAAGAGUUCAUAAUAAAUGUAUUGAUGUGCUUUCGCACUGAAAGGUUUGAGAGCAUCGACAGUAGGGUAACUGGGUUUGUGUAACAAUUUGACAAUUUCCAUGUUUUGAUAAUAAAGGUCCAGAGAAGUCUAACUUU